GCGGGCGGGCAGCGCUUGGCGGUUUCAGAUCUUCCGAGCCUGUCGCUAGAUGGGACGUUUCAUCCACACGCCGGCUGCCUGCACGUUCUGCCGGUUCUCCUCGGAAGACGUAGGAAAGUCAUUAUCUUGAGGAGUGGCAAGGAGUUUUACGUAUAGAUUUGUGUUAUCUUGUCACAAGUCAUCCCCAGCCUAGAGCCACCGGCGGGCUCGCGUAAGGAUUGCUGCCGCGAGCCCGCGCCUAGGCCCCGGCCUGUGGGCACCGACCCUAUCGGAAGAGCAGCUACUCGCAUGCAGGGCACGUACAGUUCACCGUAAGAGAAAGAGAGAACAGAAACAAAUCCUGGGUAUAAAAACAUAAAGGAGAUUUCAAAUACAAAGUCAUGGAGGGGCAGAGGAAUGAGGCUUCGGGUUCUUCCCGGAGCAAGGAGAAGUCCGGCAAGGCAAAGAAGAGCCUGGACGAAGGAGAGAAGAAAACCAAGUUUAAAUUUAAGAAGCUGAUCCCCGAUGAGCUGGAGCGAUUCACGAGUAUACGAAAGAAGGAAAAAGAGAAACCCACUGUUCAUAUGAAACACCCACCAAUGCCAAUUUAUGAACCCCAUUCUUCUCCACUGACAGACCUCACUGAUAAAGCGGUGCUGGAUCUGUUUGAGCAGAUGUUGCUUGACAUGAAUUUGAAUGAAGAAAAACAACAGCCAUUGAGAAAAAAAGAUUUAUCGAUAAAGAGAGAAAUGGUUUCACAGUACCUUCACACUUCCCAUGCUGGGCAAAAUAAGAAGGAAAGUUCGAGAUCAGCAGUGAUGUACAUUCAAGACUUGAAGUCAGGAAUACGAGAACACCAGUUGCUCAGUUGUUUGGAGUCCUUGCGAGUUUCUCUCAGCAAUAACCCAGUCAGUUGGGUGCAGAACUUUGGUGCAGAAGGAUUAGCAGGACUGUUGGAAAUACUAAAAGGAUUGCAAGAUGAACAAAUCGAUCUUUCAAGCAGUGUGAACUGCAAGAUUCAACACGAAAUUAUUAGGUGCCUAAAAGCUUUCAUGAACAACAAGCAUGGGAUAAAAAUGAUGUUGGAAUCAGCAGAUGGAGUUCUGUUGUUGGUGAAAGUUGUCGAUCCUAGUGCUCCAGCCAUGAUGAUCGAUGCUGUCAGGCUCCUGUCUGCCAUCUGUAUCCUGCAGAAUCCUAACAACAUGCACGAGAAAGUAUUGGAAGCAUUAACAGAGAAAGCGGAGCAAGAGGAUAGUGAACGGUUCAAAGCACUGUUGAAUGGAUUGAAGGCUGAACAAAGUAUACCACUGAAGGUGGCGUGCAUGCAGUUCGUUAAUGCCCUCAUAAUUCCUGCUGAAGAACUUGACUUCAGAGUUCACUUGCGGAGCGAGUUCAUGCGUUUAGGUCUCAAUCAAAUCUUGCCGAAACUGAGAAAAAUUGAAAACGAGGAACUUAAUGUACAGCUGAAUGUUUUUGAUGAACAUGCGGAGGGAGAUACAGAUGAUUUGAAGAACCGUCUGGAUGAUAUUCGGAUAGAGAUGGAAGAUACGAGUGAAAUCUUCCAGAUGCUCCUGAACACCGUGAAGGACUCCAAAGCAGAGCAAUACUUCCUGUCUAUACUUCAGCAUUUUCUUCUGAUUCGUAAUGAUUACCAAGCCAGGCCACAGUAUUACAAGCUUUUAGAAGAAUGCGUGUCUCAAAUAGUCCUGCAAAAAAAUGGAUGUGACCCAGACUUCAAGUGCAGAAAAAUUACUCUGGAUACGGACCAUUUAAUAGAUAACAUGAUUGACAAAACCAAGGUGAGGAUCAGCGAAACCAAAGCUGCAGAACUGGAAAAAAAGCUUGAUUUGGAGCUGACUACUCGACAUGAACUUCAGGUGGAAAUUAGGAAAAAAGAGACUGAUUUUGAAUCAAAGCUCUCUGAACUUCAAACAAAGCUACAGAUGCUGGAGACGGAUAAAACUGAGGUGGUAACCGAUAACAAGAAGCUGCUGAACGAAAUUAAUCAGCUAAAGGAUGAGAUCACACAAUUAUCUAAGGACCUGGAAGAUGCAAAGACAAAGUUGGCCAACAUUCCAAAAGAAUCUCCAGUUCAAGUUAAUGUCCCACCACCACCACCUCCUUUACCAGGUCAAGAUCCAUCAUAUCAGCUUUCAGGACAAGUGGGAAUACCUCCACCUCCUCCAUUGCCAGGACAAGUGGGAAUACCUCCACCUCCUCCUCCAUUGCCAGGACAAGUGGGAAUACCUCCACCUCCUCCUCCAUUGCCAGGACAAAUGGGAAUACCUCCACCUCCUCCGCUGCCAGGACAAAUGGGAAUACCACCACCGCCUCCACUACCAGGUCAAGGAGCACCUCCACCACCACCACCACCACUCCCAGGUCAAGGAGGACCUCCACCACCACCUCCACUCCCAGGUCAAGGAGGACCUCCACCACCGCCUCCACUAUUAGGUUUCGGUGGACCUCCACCACCUCCAGGAUUCCAUGGCUUUGCCAAUGUUCCAGUGGUCGCAGCAUUACCCUUUGGGUUGGAACCUAAAAAGGAGUACAAGCCAGAAGUUCAACUCAAAAGGGCAAACUGGCCAAAACUUCUGCCUAAAGAUUUGAAUGAAAAGUGUUUCUGGGUCAAUGUGAAGGAGGACAAGUAUGAGACUAAGGAACUGUUCGCGAAACUCACUCUUACAUUCUCUGCCCAGACAAAGUCUAGUAAAGCUAAAAAGGAACAACAAGACACAGAUGAGAAAAAAACAACACAAAAGAAAAAAGUUAAAGAACUUAAAGUAUUGGAUGGCAAAACAGCUCAGAAUUUGUCUAUAUUCUUGGGUUCUCACCGCUUGCCAUAUGAAGAAAUAAAAAGAAUGAUUCUUGAGGUGGAUGAGAAGCGUCUUACAGAAUCACUGAUCCAAAACCUUGUGAAGCAGCUUCCAUCGCAGGAGCAGUUGAAUGCUUUACUUGAGUUGAAAGAGGAAUACAAUGAUCUCUCAGAACCAGAGCAGUUUAUCGUAAUAUUGAGCUCCGUGCCCCGCCUGGAGGCUCGACUGAACGCCAUACAAUUUCAGCUGCAGUUUGAAGAACAAGUUAACAACCUCAAACCAGACAUUGUGUCGGUGAAAGCGGCCUGUGAGGAAGUGAGGUCCAGUGAAAAUUUUUCCAAGCUAAUGGAAAUCGUCCUUUUGGUGGGGAACUUCAUGAAUGCAGGGUCACGGAAUGCUGGAGCAUAUGGAUUCAACAUUAGUUUCCUUUGCAAAUUAAAAGAUACAAAAUCAUCUGAUCAGAAGAUGACACUGAUGCACUUUUUAGCAGAAACCUGUGAAGAGCAGUACCCCGAGGUUAUUCACUUCACUGAGGAUCUAAACCAUGUGGAAAAAGCAAGCCGAGUUUCGGCAGAAUUACUGCAGAAGAAUGUGGAACAAAUGGGGAAACAGAUUGCUAGACUGCAAAAGGACAUUGAUAGCUUCCCACAAUCCAACGACAAUCAAGACAAGUUUGUCGAGAAAAUGACAAGUUUCAUAACAGGAGCAAGGGAACAGUUCGAAAAAUUAACAGAUAUUCAUAAAACAAUGGAGGAGGACUUUGAAGAGCUUGGACGUUACUUUGUCUUUGAUUCCAAGAAAACAUCUGUUGAAGAGUUCUUUGGUGAUCUGAGCAACUUCAAGAGUAUGUUUUCGCAAUCAGUUGCAGAGAACAAGAAACGGAAAGAGGCAGAAGAGAAAAUCAAAAAAGCUAAACUUGCCAAAGAGAAAGCAGAGAAGGACAGACAAGAGAAACUAAAGAAGAAUUCUAUCAUUGACAUAAAUUCAGAGGGUGAUGAGACGGGCGUGAUGGACAGUCUAAUGGAAGCCCUUCAAUCUGGAGCAGCCUUCAGGCGAAAGAGAGGUCCACGGCAAGCAGACUCAAUGCUGUCUCUCUCUGAUAUCAGUGACGACAGUGACCUGCCAAUCGAAGAGGCAAUGCCAUGACAUCUGUUCUUGCCAAAGAGCUCACAGGGGAUGAUGCUAUUGGUCAGAUUGUGACUAAGAAGCCGAAGAUAGCGACAGAAGACAAAAAUGCCGCGGUACCAAUGGAACAAGGCGAGAUGCUGGAAGACAUUCUCACUCGCUCCAAUUAAACCCAUAGGAAGUAUCUGGAAUUUACAAUGCAGUGCCAUGAAGCCAAUUUUUUUUUUUUUGGUAUGAUGCUUGUUUAAACUCUGAACCCUGAAUGUGCUACAGUUGAAUUCUUUUUCUAGACUACUUUUAUCUCAUCUGAAAAAAUUUGCACUGGCCUGAGAGUGCACAAGUGUUUUUCUUUCUUUAUGUUGGGAAGAGCACAGAAUAAUGUCAAUGCAUAAUUACAUGUUCCAGUAUUGGUUUUGACAAUGCUGCAGUGCAGAUUUUUGUCUUGAGGAGGUGGUCUUAACAUAUGCAGGCUGCCUGUGAUUAUUUUCUAUUCUCUCACAUUAUAAACAUAUCAAUUAAUUUCCAUCAUCGAUGGGUUAUAUUCUUGACUAGUUACUGAGAUUUUAAAAUAUAUAUAUAUAUUUGCACACCAACCUCAGGCCACUUAAAAGUUACUUGCUAGGUCUUGUUAUGCACAUCAUUAUUAAUAUUGUACAGUAUUCUGCUCAGAUUUGUGGGUGAUUCUUGUACCAUAGAACACGUAGCAAUGAAUGUCCUACACAGUGUAAGUGCUGAUGAUGCAACAAAGUGCGAAUCAGUGGGUUAACUCAUAUAUAUACGUUAAAACAAAACAGCUAAGAUGCUUUUAAUAUUGAAGACAGUCAGAAUGUUACACAGUAGGAAUCAAUUAAGUGAUUUUCAAAAGUAAGCUAGAAAGUCUUUUUGUUUUGAGUAUUACUGCCUCUUCAUUAUCCCUUCCUGUUAUAUAUUUUCCCUCACUCAAAUGUUUAGCAUAGUGGGCCAGGCAUAUCAGAAAUCGAAGAUUGCGUAUCACUUUUGCUCCUUGCCUUGCACAGAACUGCUUGUUACGCAGCAACGGGGUGGUUUCCACCAUAGAUAGACACAAAGUGCUGGAGUAACUCAGCGGGUCAGGCAGCAUCUCUGAAGAAAAAGGCUGGGUAAUGUUUCGACCCAUCCAGUCUGAAAAGGGCCACAACCGAAACAUCACCAGCCUUUUCCCCAGAGAUGCUGCAUGAUCCGCUGAGUUACUCCAGCACUUUGUGUCUAUUUUUGGUAUAAAUAAACUACCAUCUGCAGUUUUGUGUUUCUACUGGUUUUCACCAUACUCGGGAUGACAAGUUGGGAAUGUCACUAUUGAAAGAAGGAGAGAUAAUAAAUGUCCUAGUGCCAAAGGGAGAGAUACUGCCUUGGAACUCAAUAGUUAAAUCAUAAUCACCUAGUUUAAGCAAGUUAUUUGAAAUCCUUUUUGAGUGACCCUCUUCACGAAGUUUAACUUUAAUAAUCCAAGCGUUAGUUUCCUCCAGAUAUCCUUCUUGUAUCUCUUUGGGGUAGAAAUCCAAAGUACUAAUAUUCCCAUGCCUCUACAGGACUAUUAUAUUCCAAUGCGCAUUCUUCUAUUAGUUUCCUCUAUAUGAAAAUUAAAAUAAUGAGUAUGAUUUAUGCCACAUUGCUGGAUUUGUUAUGCUUAGCAUGAAUAGCCUCUUUUAUAUUUUGCCAAGUUUGAAAAGUUUCAUAUUGAAUGAGGAUUGUUUACACAAAUUGUAAAUGUUAAUUCAACAUCUGUUUUUAAGCCACAAUUGUCAGACUAUCUGCAAAGAUCGCAUUUCCGCCGCAAGACCCAUGACCUCAUGCCUCCCUCCAUGGACAGAAACCUUAAAUUCACACUUUGCGUGAUUCCUGAUCGUAAGGAAAUGAUGCAGCAAAAUUCUGCUUCAUAAAAUCCUGUGUAUUAGAAAGUGGGGAAAAGAAACUGGAACUGUAGGAAGCUGACCUAAAUGUUAUAUUUAAUUAUUUGACAAAAAUAUUAUUAUCACUGGGUGUUUUUUUUUUUUCGAUGGAUGUUCUCAUUUAUAUCCUUUCCAAUUGAGAUUGGUGUUUAACCCAUGCAAAUUGCACAGUUCUAAGGAAUAAGUGGCUGCUAAUUCUUUCGAUGGCUUUGAAGUCCCAAUUGGAAUAAUGCACUGGCGUAUCUAUUCUGGAUUAAUCCCUGCUGAGAUCCAUCUGUCUCAAUAGAUGGGCUUGUCUUCAGAUUCAUAGGAAUUAACUACUGUAAGUGUUGGCAAACUAUGGAGCACUUAUUCCCAUGUGAAGUUGCUCUGCCAGUUUUUAUUUAUUCUAUGUGAUAUCUUUGAAAAUAUCCAUUGUGCAUUGUGUAUCUCUUGAAGUGACUUCCACCACCUGCUAAUAAAAUAAAUUCCCAAAUAUUUUUUUUCUAUUAAAAAACCGAAGAGGAAGAACCUUACUGCUUAAGAGGAUCUUCCUAUAUUUUAAGGAUCAUACACACUUGAGCCAUCGGGCUGAGAGAAAACAUUAGUUUUUUUGCCGAGGAUAUGUAUUUCAGCCAACAGCAACUGACUCCUCACUUCUACUGGCUAAUUCCAACUGUUGACAGUGUCAUCAUCCAGAUAUUGGCCACAGAACCCACUCCACCAGUGUGAACAAAACUCCAAUUACCAACAAUCUGUGUUUGCACUAUUUUAUAAAAAUUGGUGGAUUAGAAAAAUGUUGCAAAUAUUUUGAAAGAAUUCCUGAAGAAUGUUGAAUGUGUUCUCUUUCAUAGUAAUAAACAACUAUAGGCAGAUUUUUCACCAGUUCAGAUUAGGCCUAUGUAAUAAACACAUCAGAGAUCUCUACCUUUCAAACAAAGUUUGAUUCACUAAUCAAGUAUCGCAGGUUUCUAUUCCAAAUCUCAGAAGCCACCAGGAAAAGGAAAGACCAGUUUCCGACCCAUAAGAAAUUUCUUAACCCAACAGUCAUAGUUAAGUUGUGAAGCUCUCAUGUCUGACAAUGCAAGUUUAGUUGUCUGUCUCGUACAAUUCCACAAGUAGAUACUGGUUUGAAUAAUAGUCCUAAUGAAGACACAGAAUAUCGAACAAAUACAAGUGGAAUUUCUUUCCCAUUUUGAUCAACUUUAUGGGCAUUGGCUUGCACCAUUAUAUUUUUCAAACUGAAACAACUUCAUUGGUGCCGCUUGAUUCUCAAUGUAUUGAUCCUUGAUUAGGUAGUCUUACACAGUAAUGCAUGAUCAGCACCUGAGAUAAUGUCUUGUAAAGAUUACAGAAUCCUGGUGAAUUAGGAAUUUCCAUUUCUAUAUUUUCUUUUCCCUUAUUCAAAUCAUGCCCCUUGCACUUGGUCACCCUAUGGUACUCAAGGCUAGUUUAUUAAUUACAUGUCAAUAUAUUUGACCCUGUUUAAGUCAGACCAGCACCUGCAAGCCAAAAUAGGACUUCAGUCACAAUAACCAUUUGAUGUACUGACUUAUAUGGUGGCAUGGCUUAGAAUUUCAUAGUGGACUAGCUUGUGUAUUGUUACAACAACCCUCUCCUUGAUGGUAUAUCUGUGAGAAAUACUUGAGCAAAUGUUUGCGCAAGGGUAUCAGGUGCUGUAAGGAAUGUACUAUUUGUUCUGCAUGUUUUAUCUCCAUAUCUGGAGGAAUUUGAUAGUUGUUGUCUAUGCAACUAAUAGCUCAAUAUAAUUGUCACAAGCAUGCCCAGCGCACUUGGUUUUUUUAUGGAGACAAGAAUCGUACAACUUAUAUUUGCCUGUGUACUGACUUCUAUUGUUAUUAAGAGUCUAGGUCCUUAUGCAAAGGAAUUCUUCGGGGUGGUAGGAUGGUGCUUUCUCAGGGUGCAAUAAGCCUUUGUGCAGGUUACAUAGGAACUGCUUCCUUUCUGUGCCGAUGGAUUCCUCUCACAUGUGCUGUGGUGGGGUUUGCUUGGCAAUGGCAGAACUCAUGCCACCUUGCCACAUCUAGGAAUAAGCAAUUACCCGGGUAAACAUCUACACUGAGGUGACUUUUGUUUCCUCCCAAGUUCUCUGCACACUGGACACAGGAUAAACCAGAGUUGCAUUAAGUAGCUGCACUGAGUGACGACAAAGUACUGCUGAAACAAUUUAUGAGCUUAUCUGUAAAUAUUAUUGUGGUUGAUUUAAGUUAUUCAAAAUACCAAAAUUCUCCUUGAAAUUUAAUAUGUUCUGAGGUGCGUUUAGGAAACGGAGGUGAUCAUAAGAAUGAGUGGUAUCAAAAUAAGAAUUAAUCUGCAUGAAUGUUUCAAAACUUGUAUUGGUGAUACAGCUGGGUGUGGCAGGAAGGAACCUUAGACAUGUUUGUGAUUAUUAUUCUGAUUGUUCCUCUUUGAAGGAGCAGAGCUGUAUAUUCCUUUUAAAUAUGAAUCCUGUAGGUUUACACAUUUACUUACUGCAUCUUGGCCUCAAAUGUAGAUAACUUUACAUGGUUACUGAUAAAAGUGGUGCCUUGGCUAUAGUUAAUUUUGGUUUUGCCUUUAAAAGAUAUGCGGAGGCAUUCUUUUUCCAACUGAUUGAAAGUUUUGGCAACUUCAAAGUGUUAUUUUACUUCAUUCAUUUAUUUCACAAAAGUGCAUUUUAUUUAAACGCUGCUUGUUCCAGUCCUGAGCAUGUCUAAUUUAGUCAAAGUUGCUGGUCAGCUGAUUAUGAAUCUUUGAUGCCCUCCAGAAAGGAUGUCAUAGGCAUUCCCAUUACCCUGAAUAUUAUUUGAGAUUCAGUAUCUUCACAGUGUUGCGAAUGUUACUUUCACAUUUUAAAAUCAUGGUUCAGGAAAUUGAUCUAUGGCACUAGUUACGUCUCCAAGGAGAUUAAUGUUAAUCCACAGCACCUUGAUGGUCUAAAAUUUAGGCUUGCAACAAUUGAGAGCAGAUUUUUGAAAAGUGUACCAAGUGACCUUGAAACUCAUCAGCACUGUUGGGGUGGGUGCAGAGGAGGGGGAGGAGGAGUUGGAACUCUGAACUAUAACUUUCACUUUCCCUAGGCACAUAUCUACCUGGUGCAUGUCGCAUCCUGAACUAAAAAUCAUUUAUUGCAGAUUUUGUAUAAGUAUUGGGGUGAUUACAAUGUAAAUUCAUUAUUCAUGAUCGGAUGAUACAGUAAUGCAAACUGCCCAAGAAGUCAUAGCUCCGUCAUCCUAUAUCACAGCACUGUAAUGCAUAAUAUUAAUAAAAUAUGUCAUCAAUUUUGUUAGUGGCUGUUAAGAUACCUAAUUGUUAACUAGAUCUAAUUGAAAAGAAAAUUAAUCAGCAACUAAAUAACACGAGGCAUGAGCAAACAUAUACUUCUAAUAUUUGCCCUGGGGUAACAUUUGUAGAUUGAUAUUCAUUCACUCUUGUUAUUCAGGGACUAUUUUUAUAUGUUCACAUAUAUAUAUAGACAUAGAAAAUUAUUUGUCAAACCACUGUUUUAUUUUUCAUAAUGAGUAUAAACUGACCACUUUAAUUUGUAUUCAAGUUAGGUUGCUGGUUAAUGAUUGCUGGCUGGAAACUUUCACAAGGAUGCUGUGUGUUUUGUCGAUAACAGGGCUAGUCUCUUUCUGUUUUAGCAUGUCACAACUCCACUGGAAUUGCAAGGAUUAAAUGUGCAUUACUUGUCCUUAGCACUGUCAAUGGAACUGGAACUUAAAUGAAUGUGAGUGACAUGUGUCUGUUUCGUGAAGCUAAAUGAAAGUAGUUGUUCAGAAGGUUUGCAGUAAGAAAACAAAUCCUUGUGCAUUUGCAUCUUUUGACUGUAUAAUCUGAUGUAAGAAGUCGUUUAAAAUGACUCGAAUGCAGGCACACGAGGGCUAAAUAAGCCAGAGAUAAGACUGGUUGCUAGGAUUAUUUUGAAAAUGGCAAUAUAAAAUAGUGUUCCUUUUUCUCGAGAGAUCUUGUUUUUUUAAUAGAAUAUUUGUUUGCUUUGGAACGUAAUUUUAUCAAAUUUCUGAUUUGAAUUGUAAAUAAAGAAAUAUUCUAUCAAA